UAUUGGAAGAGUGUUAAGCGGAAGAAUAACAAUAAAUGGAACCCUUUCUGUCAGCUUUGCAACGGGUCAAAUAGACACUAUCAACCCCAAGCGCAUAGUAAAAUUCAUCAAUUCGACAACUACGUCACCUAUCUCCGAGCAAGUUUGAACAGCAUCGAAGAAACCCGGUAUUCAAUAUGUGUAUCAACUUAUGGCGCAGGUAUUAUUGCACGAAACCAUCUGGAUAUACGCUGCAUGAUGGCGAAAAACAAACACACCCUUUGCCGGACCGAAGAAUCGAUGGCCAUCAUCUGGUGAAAGAAGAAGACAAUGUCUACAGAGAGAACACUCAGCAUGGUUUUCAAGAAGUACCGCGCAGAAAGCAUAUCCAUUGGGUCUACAACUUGAUUCGAUGCGCUCAUCUGCACGCAACGGAUUGCAUAAACGGGCUCUGUCGAGGAGUCUUGGUUCAGAUAAUGGACGGAGAAUGCUACUUCUGUACCGGCAACGUCGAUGCGUACUAUGAGAGCCCCGACGAAGUUAUGCAAUCAAUCCCCAGAACCAUUAGGCUCCCAGGCCCAGGGGUCAAUUUGGAGGCCAUCCCGGCUCACAAAUUCAUAAUCUACCGCGAGAAUUACCUCCGCCAGCUACUCAGACUGUCCUUGACGGUGCUAUCGAAACCUUUCCCCGUGGAAGCCGAGAGCCGGGAGUGGGAAAUGGAGAUCUCGUCCGCUUGGCCAGAGAUCUGGUGCAAGCUGUUGCGGACACACAUUGGACACAGCGUAUUCCACUGCGACUGCAAGCCCAUGGACGAGGUAUGGCGCGUGAACCCUGCGUUUGCCAUGAGGAAGAACGAAGCAGCUCAUAUCCUCGAGGAUAUGGCGUAUAGAACCGAUGCAGCUGGAACUCUCGAGGCCUUUGCCGAGGAGAUUCGGGGACAAGUUUUCGAUGAGGAUGAGGAAGUGUGGGAACUUACCACGGGGCCGACCGAGAGGGCAAUCAACCUGGAGAAUUUGCACAACGAUAAGCGCGACUUUCCCGGUCACCAGAUGGCGUUCGUGGGGUUGAGCAGAGACACCUACGGACGCCGCCUACACAAACUCAUGGAGAGAGCGGUGCGAGCCCGCAACGCCAUCUCAGAGAGGGGCUCGGACGAGUCCCAGAAACACCCCUCGAGCGCGUACUGGCACUCCCACAGGAUGCCCUGGCUAGGCAAAGAAGACUGGAGCCGCGCCGUGUGGCGGCGCUUCCGCUUCCUCUGCUGGUUGUACAACUUCCUCGCCCUGGACGCCGGCCUAGACGAGCAGAUCAUGAUGUACAUUGGCGGCGCCCUGCUCGCCGUGCUCAACCCGUGGCCGAACCCGCACUACGAGAACCACGCCUCACACCCGGCGUACCUGACUCUGGACCCCGACCUCGCCGCCGCCGAUCUCAUCCAGGAGUGCGUCUACUGGGUCGAGCACCACUGGCCCAUCCUCCCGCACAGCACCCGACCGACUGAUAGGCUCGAUCUGAUGCUCAAAACGGGCCUCGAUCUUUUUGAGACGAUCAACCGCAACACGUCCAUUGCGCUCGCGGACAUGAGGUCGCGGAACCGGUCGGCGGACACCAGGACGAAGAUGUACGCCGUGCUGCCCGUGGCGGCCAUCGCCAACGGCUCACCGAAUUGCAAUAUCUGCAUGUCCGAGUGGGACGAGUACCCAAACCACGAGCCCAUCAUGCUGCCCUGCUGCUCGCAGUACGUCGGGCGCAAGUGCCUCAAGAGCUGGCUGGCGCUGCGGGACCUCCGUGGCGCUCGCAACGGGCGUGACGAAACGGAGGAGACGUGGGCGGCGGAGUUCAGUUGCCCCUUGUGUAGAUCGAAGAUUGGGGCGCAUUUCUCGCCGAAUAUCAGGCAGGGCGGGCCGGCGGAUACGAGAGAUUUUAGUUUCUAUGCCUGUUUACGGGCCUAUGCGAAUCCUGAUGGGUAUUGGGAUAAUCGACCGGCACAGUGGGGUGCUUGAUUAGAACGGCUUUGUGGUUUUUCGGUUUGGGAUCGUGGGAAUCGCUCAGGCUUGUAACAUUGUUGAACACACGGACGGGUAUGAGAGUAGAUCGAGGUGAUGGGAGAAAGCUACCUUGGGACUUGAGGUGAACUUGUGCUAGGACGGAGUUUAGAAGAUGUGUAGAUGUGUAGAUGUAAAGGAUGAGGCCGUGGUCCAAUUUGGGUAGGCGAAUACAUAAUAUUUGAUCACAAAGACAUAGCCUUGCUAAAGGUUUCAA